AUGGCAGCGACUCAAGGUGAACCCCUCACCUUCUCAAUACCCCUCCCCCACUCUCUGGACACGCGCAUCUACCUCCGCCUGGGCACCCAAGCCAAGGCCGUUGUGUUGUCUCUGACCACAGCGACUCAAGAUGACUUGGCGGCCCCGAAGCCCAUGGGCUCCUUUGUCUACGCAUUGCCCAACAGGCUUGAUGACAAGCUGCCCCUCUCGACGACCCUGUUCUCUUCAGAAAACAGUGUAGAAUUCACGACUCGGUUGGCAAAGCUUCUCGCCAGAAGAGUCCAGUUGCCCGUCUAUGUGACCAAUUCCAUGAGCUUCGCCAACGCGGGCCUGGGCGGCACCGUGGAGGAGGAGAUGGAGGCGUUUAGGAACAUUGUUGCGGUAACAGUUGAUAAAUUACAAGCUGCCGGAGCGGGUGCCCUGGCCGUCAACGGGGAAUCAGCCGAGUGA